AUGAUGAAACAAAAUAUUUUAGUUACAUCAUCGGCCUCUUUUAUUUCUGCAAUCAUUACUUCAUUAAUUUUGCAUCCUUUAGAUGUAGUUAAGACUAGACAACAGGUAACGGCAAUUUCAGGUGGUGCCGUAGUUGCAUAUCCUUCAAUGAUAUCAUCAAUUAAAUAUAUCGUUUCAAAAGAGGGUUUAAAAGGAUUAUAUAAGGGUGUACAAGGUCAACUGAUAGCAUCAGGCGUAUCUUGGUUCGUAUUUCGCUAUUGGUUUGAUAAAAUACGAUAUAAAAUAAAUAUGAAUAACAGCUUAUUAGACUCCAACAUAGUUAAUAAUAAAGUAAAAUCAACACCAUAUUUACUUUUGAACACUACAUCUGCUAAUAGUCUACCCUUUAAUAUAUCGCCAUUUUCUAAUGCUAUUGCAACAUUAAUAGCAGGAAGUUUAUCGACUAGCUUAGUUCAUCCUCUGUGGCUACUGAAAACUAGAUUAGAAAUGCAAAGCCUAGAUAGCAAAACUAAAGGAUGGACACAAUAUUCUUCAGGAAUAAAGGGUUGGUAUAAAUGUUUAACUGAUGUAUAUAUGAAGAAUGGAAUUAGAGGUUUAUAUUCUGGUUAUUUUCCUGCGUUAAUGCUUGUACCACAUUCUUUAAUUCAACUUGUUAUAUAUGAUGAACUUAGGUAUUACUGGAAAUGUAAUUUUGAUAAUCAAAGUUUUCUACUAGAUAAUUUAUCUCCAUUUAUUUGGGGUUUUAUUGCUAAAUUUAUUGCAGCAAUAAUAACAUACCCUUUACAAGUAAUUAGGGCUAGGAAGCAGAUGAUACAGACCACAGGGACAGAAUCUAAAAUUUUUUGUCAAUCAAAUAAUGGGAAAUGCAAAUAUUCAGUAUCUUAUAGAUUUUAUAUAUUAUUCUCUCAACAUUUAUAUGCUGGAAUAACGACUCAUAUUCCAAAGGUGUGCUUGCAUAGUGGAAUAAUGUUCUUAAUAUAUGAGACACUACUAGGGAUUUCUUUUCAAAUAUUAUAA